UCUAAAGAAAAGAAGGAUAAACAGUCCAAGCAGCACUACCACGACCAAUUUCAGCAGCAGCACCACCAAAUUCCAUCACCACCGCAGCAGCAGCAGCAGCUGCCACAAUAUACGUCUAAUGCGGGCUUAAAUAGGAGCUCUGCAGCCAGUCAUCUAACAUCGACUUCAGGUAAUAAGCCAACAGCAGCUGAACCUAAACGAUCUCGAAUGUCAAAAGAUUCCAAUGUUAAAGAGGGCUUAAUGUCUCCGGCGGCUCCACAACCACCCCGACGGCCGCGACAAAAACAACAAAACUUGCAGCAACAGCAGAGACAAACUGGUAAAAAACGCCAGUCUCCAAAAGCAAACAGUAACAGUGCAAUGAAGAACACACAGCAGCAGCAACAACAGCAGCAGCUGCAACAACAAAUGCAAAAUAAUUUUCCUUCCCCAGUCCCAACACAUCAGCAUCAGCAGCCACAACAGCAAAUCUACAGUCAAUCGCAGUCGUUAACACCACAACAACAACAUCAGCAGCAGCAGAUGUCACAACCGUACGUAACUUAUUUCAAUGAUUCCAAUUCUGAUCCGAUGACGUACGAAGAGAAGAGAUUGCUGAGUGUACAAAUAAACAGACUCCCUGCCGACAAAUUAAGUCAACUGGUCUUCAUUAUAAAAGCCGGCGAACCACAGCUAAAGGAUUCAGACCCCGACGAAAUCGAGAUCGACUUUGAGAUUUUAAAACUGUCGACGCUGCGAGAGCUAGAGAGGUACGUACAAUCCUGUAAUCUAUCCCCUCCUCCCCCGGAGCUAUAUCCUGAUAUUACUAACAGUGGGAGUAUUAGUAAUAACAGCGAGGGAUGUGGGAAUACUAAUGUUCCCGAUCCUAACAUCGCUAGUAGCAGUACUGAUAGGAGCUGUAGUAAUGUGUCUGGAGACGGGGGUAUGCCCAACAGCCAAACAUGCACCAACAACAUCAUCACCAACAA